AUCAUGCAAAAGGGCUGCGCCUGUAGUUUCCUCUUCGGCGUCGAUACUAUACCUGAGCUGAAGAAACAAAUCGAAGACUCGUUGAACAGGAGUCCCUUCUGGUGUCUUCUGGACAUCGUUCCGAUCACUAAUGAGAAGCACGAAGUCGUUCUCUUUCUCGCCUCCCAUAAAGACAUCACACGAACCAAAAUGGCUGAAAUGGAGAAUCAGGUGAAAUACGAUUACGACACCGACGAACCAAUGGAGCCGACGAGUCCUUCCGAAGAGGACGGAUGCCUUCCGCCCAACAAUUAUCAGCGCCGCCGAAGUCGAGCCGUUCUCUACCAACUGUCCGGACACUACAGACGCAGUGUUACCGUUAAGUCAAAGCUUAAACUCAAUAAU